CCAGCUCUAACCAUCGCUUCUAUCUGUGUCUAUUAGACAACCAUUACUCCAUUACUGAGUACAAACAUCCUUCUCUUCAGACACACCUCCUGCAUUCUUACAACCUCUGUAAGAAGAGAAACACAUCCUAACAACAUUUACUUGCUUUUCUCAUUAUACAUUGCGAAGGAGAAACAUGGAUGUGUUGUUUCUUUCACUUGGUCUCCUUCUCGCCAUUUUCUCCACCGUUAACUCCUGUCCAGCGUCCGACCUGCAGGCUUUAUUAGCCUUCAAAUCCUCACUAAACGAGCCUUACUUGGGGAUCUUCAAUACUUGGACAGGCACCGACUGCUCCAAAUGGUAUGGCAUCAGCUGUGACCCAACCACCGGCCGAGUCACUGACAUCAACCUUCGCGGUGAAUCCGAAGACCCCAUCUUUGAAAAAGCCGGCCGAUCUGGUUACAUGACCGGUUUCAUCAACCCUUCGAUAUGUAAGCUCGAUAGUCUCACUACUUUAACCAUCGCAGACUGGAAAGGUAUUUCCGGAGAGAUCCCGGAAUGUAUAGUUUCUUUGAAGUCACUUCGAAUUCUUGAUCUCGUCGGGAAUAAAAUCUCCGGUAGAAUCCCGAUGGAUAUUGGAAACCUGCAGAGACUCACUGUGUUAAACCUUGCCGACAAUGAGAUCUCUGGAACAAUUCCAGCUUCCUUAACCAAGUUGGGGAAUCUCAAGCAUUUGGAUUUAAGUAACAACCAAGUGUCCGGUGAGCUGCCAGCUGAUUUCGGUAGCUUGAAAAUGUUGAGUCGGGCCUUACUGAGUCGAAAUAAACUCACUGGGUCAAUUCCGAGUUCCAUAGCCAAGAUGAAUCGCCUUGCAGACUUAGAUUUAUCCAGGAAUCAGAUUUCCGGUUGGCUACCUUCAUGGUUAGGCAACAUGCCGGUUCUCUCAAUCCUCAACUUGGACAGCAACAUGAUAUCAGGCAAGAUACCGUCGUCUUUAUUGAGCUGCACCGGUCUGGGAAUUUUAAAUCUGAGCCGGAACUCUAUAGAGGGCAACAUACCGGACGUUUUCGGGGCGAAAUCUUAUUUUAUGGCCCUUGAUCUGUCUUACAACAAUUUGAAGGGACAGGUACCGCGUUCAUUAUCGUCGGCGAAGUAUAUCGGACAUUUGGAUUUGAGCCACAACCAUCUGUGUGGGCCCAUUCCAGUGGGUUCACCGUUCGAUCAGCUCGAAGGAUCAUCAUUUUCUAACAACGAUUGUCUAUGUGGAAACCCAUUGAAGACAUGCUGAUGAGCAGUGGGCUAUGAGGAUCGAGAUGAUUAUUGUCUAAAAAUGUUGUUAUUUUAAGGUGAAAGUGAGUGAUUUGUGGUGAUGUAAUGUUUAAAUGAUUAAAUUAGUAAUUAAAAGUUGAAAUGGACAAAGAUAAGCCAGUUGCAUGCAUGUGGAGAACAGCAUAUGCUUUGUCACUGAUUGUCAUAUGAGAAGAUAAUGUAGCACAUGCUUUCAUAAUAAAUGACCAAUCGGGCCUUGUUGAAA